ACGCGUGCAAUGAUAAAUAAUCAGUUAGAUCCUUGACUCAGUAAAAGACAGAGCAUUGUUUUUGAGUUGCUAACUAGUUUUUUUUUUCAAAAUGCCGUUAACAGGAGACAUGUCAACAAAUCAGGACAAAACACAAAAUUUUUCUAUAACUGGGGUUAAGGAACUUGACAGUGGUAGUACAGUGUCGGCUACAGGUUUUGUGAACGGGCUGAGGCAAGAGCAUGACUUCACGAGACCUAAUGCUCCCCCGUACAGUAAUGCGGGGUUAAGUCUUGGUGCUGAAAAUAGCGCCGGUUCAGUAGGCUUAACGGGCACUCAUAUACCAAACCGUGCUAAUAUACUUACUGCUUCCACAAACGUGCAUUUGGUGAACACGGAUACCCAUAAGCUGACUGCCAAUGCGUUUACUUCUACCGUUAUGCCAAAAGCUGGCCCUAACUUUGGAACUCAUGGUGGUGGUGUGGACUAUAUGUACAAGGACACGGUUGGUGCCAACGCUUCAGUAUCACACACGCCGAUGUUCAAGCAAACUGACUAUUCGGUUGGAGGAAGACUGAAUUUGCACCAAACGCCAACCUCGUCGUUUGGACUAAACUUCGGGGCAACUAAGAGUGACAAUCCUUUCAGCAAAGGCAGCUGGCAACCAGGCGGUUCGUUUCAGUUCAAAAAAUCCUUUUAAGCCAUAUCUUUUACUUUAUGAUUAACCAUAAAUAUUCAUCUAUUAAUCUAAGGUAUUAUAAAAGGGUCGAUCUCACAUCCAACGGAAUCUAUUAUAUGACUUGUUUCUUCAAUACCUACUUUAGAUAUUACCUAUCGGUACAAAAGUGAACGGGGACGGUCAAAAAAGCAACUUUCGGUAAAGGUGCACUCGGAAGCAGAAUUGUGAGGCUUUAGUCUCCUUUUGUAUAAGCUAAAGUCAGACACCUAAAGUUAACUUUUUCUGUCAAAGUAUGGAGAUCUCAUAUCAUGACGCUUGAGCGUUUGUCCUUUGUCCAUAUUUACGUCAACGCCCUUGUCAGAUUAGCUAUCUUAAGAGCUCUUUCACACUAGCGUUUCUCCUGCCUAGGCUUGCGUUGAACGUAUACGCAGCGCAAACGUCAGGCAACGAGACGCGCAACUUGAACACCUCAGUGCCACGCAAGCGCAGUGUUCAGACAUCAGAUUUUAAAGCGGCGCGUGCGUCGAAUUGACGCGGCGUCUGCGCUGGGUAUACGUUCGACGAUCCUCUAAAUGCAGGAGAAACGCUAGUGAGAAGAGACCCUAUACGCAAUGAUACUGUUCUAAUGCUUGACCACUAGGGUUCGUUACCUUGAUCAUUAGCACCGUUGGCAGUGAGAACGAACCCUCAAUAAAAAUAAUAA